AUGAAAUCCAACAGUCAAGUCAAAUCAAACCAGCCCGGACAUUUCCCCGUGCCUCUAACACAGACCAGCCCGGACAUGUGGACCAACCAGUCUCCCCGGCAGAAGCGGUGCCGCGCGGUGUUCCUGCUCGGCGCGCUGCUGGUUAUCCUGGGCUGCUUCAGCGUCGUGCUGGGCGUCACGGCCGCCGUCAGGUUCGCCUGGAGCACCGAGCACCGGCUCAGCGCGCCCGUCUGGGGCGGCGUCAUGGUCAUCGCGACAGGCGCAAGUACCACGUACGCGAUCCAGAAGAACAAGCACAAGCAUCUGUACUACUUGUUACUGGGGGUGAGCGUUGCCGGGAUGACGGUUUCCUUUCCGCAGUGGAUCCUGUCGCUCUCCGGGCUGAUCAGCGGGGACCAGCUGUGCUCAGGAUCUGCUCUGGGACUGAACAAUCACCAAGACACGCCGAGGGACUACGUUGCUGCCAAGGCUCUGCAUGGGGUUUGUCUGGUGCUCGGGUUUGCGGAGACGCUCGUCAGCUUCAGUCUGGCCAUCUUAGCCAGUGUCGGCAUCUGCGACAACGGAGAGACGUCGACUUCCGUGUUGGAAAGGCAAAACCGUCUGUCCGUCCGGCGCGGCAGUACCCGAGCAAGCAGCAGGAGAGCGAGGCCGGCGGUGGUUCGGCUACAUCUCGCAUCAGGAUGCCGUUUGAACCCGCCGCCUUACGAUGCAGAACCACACACCGGGCCCAGGGCACCGUACUGUACAGAAACGCACGCCGGGCCCAGGGCACCGUACUGUACAGAAACGCACGCCGGGCCCAGGGCACCGUACUGUACAGAAACACACAUAGGACCCAGGUCUAACACCUCCCCGCCCCCUUAUACUGCCGAGCCCGGGCCCGGGUCACCUGCAGAACCACGCGCCGGGCCCAGGACAACACACGCCGGGCCCAUGUCCCAUUCGUCCCCGCCGCCUUACGUUGCCGAGCCCGGGCCCAGGUCUCUCUCUCGGCCCGGGCACUCUGUAGAACCACCCGUCGGACCCAGGACACCUGCGGAACCACAGACCGGGCCUAGACCUCACGCGUCGCCGCCGCCUUACGCUGCCGAGCCUAGGACACCGUACUGUACAGAAACGCACACCGGGCCCAGGGCACCUGUGGAACAACACACCGGGCCCAGGGCACCUGCGGAAACGCACACCGGGCCCAGGGCACCUGUGGAACAACACACCGGGCCCAGGACUCUCACGACCCCGCCGGACGGCACCAUGCGCGAGCCUCCACCGCCGUACCAGUCCCGGGAGGACCUGUCUCGGGUCUGA